AUGCGGGCUGCCGCCUGCCUCUUCUGCCUGGCGCUCGGCGCCCUGACAGCGGCCCCAGGUGAGUGGCGGUGCCGGGGCAGCGCCGCCGCGCUCGGGGCGGGGGCGGCGGGGAGGGGGGGACGCCGCGGCGAGGCUGCUGCGGAGCCCCAUGGAAACGGAGCCCCCGCUCCAGCCUGCCUGCCGGGGGUGACAGUGCCUCCUCUCCCCUGCGCAGGAGGCGCCGGGCCGGCGGCAGCGGCAGCGGGGCGGCGGGGCCGGAGCCCCUUCGCGGAGCGAGAGAGCAUCAGGCCCCUGCGGCUGGUCUCCGGCGAGGGCGGCGGCGGGGCGCGGUGGCCGGCGCUGAGCACGCGGGUGCGGAGCGAGGCGGCGCGGGCACAGUCUACCCACAUUGCUCGAGCCAGCUUCCAGGUUGAUGCUUUUGGAUCAUCUUUCAUCUUAGAUGUGACACUAAACCAUGACUUGCUGUCUUCUGAAUAUCUUGAGAGGCAUAUCGAGCAAGGUGGGAAGACAGUGGAAGUUAAAGGAGGAGAACAUUGCUAUUAUCAGGGAAAAAUUCGGGGAAAUCCUGUAUCUUUUGUUGCCUUGUCAACAUGCCAUGGAUUACAUGGGAUGUUCUAUGAUGGAAAUCAUACUUACCUUAUUGAACCAGAUGAAAACUACACUUCAGAUGAUGACUUCCAUUCCCACUCUGUUUACAAAUCCAAGUUGUUUGAAUUUCCUUCAGCCGACCUGACAUCUGAGUUCUGGCAGAUGAAUACUACAUCACAGAAUUUUGUUGUAAGGCCAAGACACAAAAGAAGGAAAAGGCAGGUUCGUCAGAUUCCACGUAAAGUUGAAGAGGAAACAAAAUACAUUGAGUUGAUGAUUGUAAAUGAUCAUCUAAUGUGUAAAAAGCACCGCUUGUCAGUCGGCCAUACCAACAGCUAUGCUAAAUCAGUUGUGAACAUGGCAGAUUUAAUAUAUAAAGAACAACUUAACACCAGGAUAGUAUUGGUUGCCAUGGAAACCUGGGCUACUGAUAACAAGUUCACCAUAUCUGAAAACCCCUUGGUGACUCUACGUGAGUUUAUGAAAUAUAGGAGGGAUUUUAUCAGAGAGAAAAGUGACGCAGUUCACCUUUUUUCGGGGAGUCGAUUUCAGAGCAGUCGAAGUGGUGUAGCCCACACUGGUGGAAUCUGCUCCUUGCUUAAAGGCGGAGGUGUGAACGAGUUUGGAAAGCCAGACUUAAUGGCAGUUACCCUGGCACAGACUUUGGCCCAAAACAUUGGCAUUUUCUCAGACAGAAGAAAACUUCUAAGUGGUGAGUGUAAGUGUGAGGACAUGUGGUCUGGAUGCAUAAUGGGAGAUAUGGGGUACUAUCUUCCAAGCAAGUUCUCUGAGUGUGAUAUUGAAGAGUAUCAUGAAUUUUUAAACAAUGGAGGUGGAGCCUGUCUUUUCAAUAAACCAACCAAACUUCUGGAUCCUCCAGAAUGUGGCAAUGGCUUUGUGGAAGAUGGAGAGGAAUGUGACUGUGGGACAAUAGCGGAGUGUGCCAGCGAAGGAGGAGAGUGCUGCAAUACCUGCACCCUGACCGCGGGCUCCCAGUGCAGCAACGGGCUCUGCUGUCGGAAGUGCCGGUUUGAACCUAAAGGAGUUUUGUGUCGAGAAGCAGUGAAUGAUUGUGAUAUUGCAGAGAACUGCACGGGAAACUCCAGCCAGUGUUCUCCUAAUAUCCAUAAAAUGGAUGGAUAUUCAUGUGAUAACAGACAGGGUAUUUGCUUUGGAGGAAGAUGUAAAACCAGGGACCGGCAAUGUAAAUAUAUCUGGGGUGAAAAAGUGACGGCUGCUGACAGGUACUGCUAUGAGAAGCUGAAUAUUGAGGGGACUGAGAAAGGAAACUGUGGAAGAGACAAAGACUCUUGGAUACAGUGCAAUAAACAGGAUGUGCUUUGUGGAUACCUUCUGUGCUCCAAUAUAUCCAGCGUACCCAGACUUGGAGAACUUGAUGGUGAAAUCACAACAUCAAUCUUGCACUAUGGAAAAGUCUACAAUUGCAGCGGUGGCCACGUGAGGCUGGAUGAGGACACGGACCUGGGCUAUGUGGAGAACGGGACGCCGUGCGGGCCCGGCAUGGUGUGCCUGGACCAUCGCUGCCUGCCCGCCGAGGCCUUCAACUUCAGCACCUGCCCCGGCACGGCCGACAGCCACAUCUGCUCAGGACACGGCGUUUGUAGCAAUGAAAUAAAAUGUGUCUGUGACCGAUUCUGGGGAGGAGAUGACUGCAGUUCUCGCAUCAAAGACGAUCUAUUUAUUGAUAAAGAUGCCAUCAAUAAAGGUGUGGUUAGCACAAAUAUAAUAAUAGGGGCUAUUGCUGGUACCAUUUUAGUGUUGGCUCUCGUUUUAGGAAUAACUGGUUGGGGUUACAAAAACUACAGAAGACAGAGGUCAAAUGGAUUAUCUCAUUCCUGGAGUGAAAGGAUCCCAGACACAAAACAUAUUUCAGACAUUUGUGAAAAUGGGAGGCCUAGGAGUAAUUCUUGGCAAGGUAAUAUAGGAGGAAACAGAAAGAAAGUCAGAGGCAAAAGAUUUAGGCCACGGUCUAAUUCAACUGAGACACUGUCUCCUGCAAAGUCUCCGUCUUCAUCCACUGGAUCUAUUGCUUCCAGCAGAAAAUACCCUUACCCGAUGCCACCGCUUCCUGAUGAAGAGAAAAAAGUCAACAGGCAAAGUGCCAGGCUAUGGGAGACAUCCAUCUAGCUGCACUGUUUUCCUGGGGUCACAUCAGAACUGUUUACUUUGGAUUUUAUAGAAACUCAGCAUCACUGAGUCACUGCACAUUCAUCUGCUCUUCAGACAAUUCGAAAGAUCAACAGAGAUACCCAUGAUAUCACAGUGAUAACCUCCUCUCAUGUGGAAAGGAAAAAAACCAGUCUUUUUUUUUUUUCUUUCUUUUUUGUUGACUUGUAUUCUGUGGAUUUGAUGGACAACCAAAAUCAUAACAUUUGACAGAGAAUAAUUAGCCCAGAUGUGACAAGGCUGUUCCGCAUGGUGACCUAGAAUCCCAACUGCAGUCCAUUUGCCAGUCCUGUGUAAGAGAGGUUUUUCCUCUGGUUUAUUGCAGUCCUGAGUCAGACCAGAGUGGAACUGGGAACGUGCCUCACGGAGAGCCCAGCUGAUGUAAACUUGUAUGCUGUAUGCAUGAACCUUGUGUUCUUUACUUUCCACAUGUAAGGGAAAAACAACAUACUGUAGUAGAGAUUAGCAUGCAGGAGUAAGAAAUAUAGGAUUUUUUUUUUGUGACAGGAUUUCAAGCUUUGAAAGGCAACUAUUUGACACCAACAGCAAACAAACAAAGAUUAUAUCUUUUUUUUUUUACCUUACAUGUUUAUAAUCUCAGUAUACAGAUUGUAUAUAUGUAAACAUUCAAUAAUGUCAAAAAUAGCUGUUAUACGUAUGUGUAUUUUGCCAAAUGCCUAAAGAAACAGUCAUGACUAACAUCAUCACACUUCAGAUUUUAUAAUAUUAUGAGCAGACAUCCUUGGAAAUACAGAAAGUACAGUACUGUAAAACUGUGUCUCUCAGAAACUGGUGUUUGACCAAAAUCUAUACAACUUUUUCAGCAUCUUACACUGUCUUGACAAUCUCAAUUGUACAGUAGACUGCAGAAACCGGUACAGCAGCACUUUGUCUUAAAUCAUCAUAAGAGGAACCAGCCAAAAUCCCUUGUUUAGUAAGAUAACCAUUGUAUCCUCUCACAGGUGUAAUCAAGGAUGAUUCAGCAGACAACAGUCUAAGUCAUGUGCAGCCCAAACUUACUGGACAUUUGGGAAUACUUCUAAGUAGUCAAUUCAGGAUGUGGUGAUGUGAAGUCUGUCUGUGAGAGUUGCUGUGUAUUUUUGAUAGAGCAUUUCAGACACUGUUUUAGAUGGCAAGGCAUAGGCUUAUGAGAAGCAUAACGAUUUCACUGCACUAGAUAAUAACAGUGCUGGGCAAGUGGCCAGUUUCAUUGCUGUCUUUCAAUUUUUAUUUGUUAUUGGAAUCGCCUUUACCAUGCGCUUGAAUGCUAUGCUUGCUGCCCCUGAAGCCCCCUUGACAAUUUUUUGGGGCAUUAAACUGAGCACAAGUGAAUUUAGCUUAAAAGAACGGGGUGGGGGGGAACAACUCUUUACCAUGUUAAUCUUGUAAGUUGAUGGCAAUAUUUCUAACACCUGAAACUUCUAAAGAUUGUUGUAAAGCAAAUGCCUUCUGAUUGGGAAUUUUGCAGUUAGUAAGAAACUGGACCAUAUUAAAUCAGUUUAUAAUUCUCUUGUUUUCCAAAAAUGACUACAUCUUAGCUUCAGGUAGUACCACUGCAGAAUAAAACACCCGACUGUGUGGUGCAGUUGAAUACCCUACCAAACAGCUGUAUGAUUAAUUAGAUAUUAUUGUAAUAGGAACAUCUAUGGUGUUUCUGAAUCUUCUACCUCUUUCAUGUAUUUCCUUUAGUAAGUGAACCCAACACUUGCAGCCUUUUAAUGUAUUUUUUUAACUUUUACGUCUCUCAAUAAAGUCAGAUAUAUGUAAGAUUAAAUUAAGAAAUGUUUAAAGAUGUUGGCAGCUGUAAAAUAUGUAAGAUUUUUAGAAGCACUAUAUUUUAUGAUUAGGCUGUAUGUUGGAUAAUGACAAAAUAUUGGCCUUGGCAUUCAAAUUAUUUUCCUUCACAGUCAACAGGUUCUGGUAAGUAUUUGGAAAAAGACAAAUAUAUGUGAGCACAAGUGGGUGCAGACUGACCAUCUGGAGGAGACAGUCACUUGUAACUGCUUUAGGGAAAGAUUCGGCAUAUUUGUGAAAGGUAAAUAUAUCAAUCAGCACUGAAGAAUAUUUUUUGCAAUGAUUUACUUUGAGUGUAGCUAUCUGGAUUAAAGAUAGUUGACAGCACGUAGCUUAUGAAAUUAGGGUCUGAGCCAUGACUUGAAAUCAAUAUGUCUUUUGUUGAUUUCACUGGACUUUGAGCAGGACCCUCAAGAGACUCACCCACAUUAGGACAUUAUGAUAACCUGAUCGUCGCUGUAUGGCUCUGUCGCCUGGAAGCUGGUUUUCCCUGCCAUAUUCAUAUCUUGUCUUUAGUAACUGGACUGUUCAUCAUGUGCCUUUUAUGGUAUUUUUUUGGAUGUAAACUGGCAUGUAGCUUUGAAUAACCCCAUUAGAUUUCUGUGCAUAUCUUAUGUUUACCACUAUUUACUCUUCCCUUUCCAUUUUGCCUUACCAAGAAGAAGCAAGAUUUGGCAGACAGAACUGGAUAUUACAUACUGGCUCUUUCUGCUAUGCUCAUAGCUUCUUGUUUUGCAAACAAAUGGCCCUCCUUAUUAUGUUUUCAAUGUAGUACGUACUUCCAGCUUCUUUUGUUUUGGUAUAAUUAAUUUGUAGCAUAUGAUGAUACAAUUAUGUGUGUAGUGUACCUUUGUCACCUUCACAUUUGGAGAUAUGUAGUGACUG